AUGCCAUACCCAAAAAUAAACAUCAUUUUUUGUAUCAAAUGCAAGUGGAACUUAAGAAGCGCUUGGUAUCUGCAAGAGUUACUGCAGACUUUUGGGGAACAGAUCGGUGAAAUAUCAAUGAUUCCCGGCCCCUCUGGAGAAUUCAAGAUCACGGGCCAGCUGACUGCGAAUUCCGAACCAAUAUGUAUAUGGGACCGUAAGAUACACAAUGGUUUCCCAGAGAGCAAGCUUCUCAAACAAAAGGUCAGGAAACUGCUGUUCGAAGACAAAGUGACUAUUGGAAGUCACAACGAGCGAGCAUCAAGUGAUAAACCUACAUCCUCAGCGCUCCAACAAUCCCGAACCUUGAUUUCAGACGAACCAUGCAGAGAAUGUAAUGAUAUAUGA